GUCUUGAGUACAGUACUGAAUAAAUUCUGAUAAUUUAUUGGUCUUGGAUUUCUUUUCUAAUGAACUUGGAGGCAUCUCCUUGUAACUAAGCCAACAAAUCUGAUUGCUCCUUAUUACUGGUUCUUGACCAUUGUCCUAGCUAGGACUUUUGAUUAACUAUAUGUUUCUAAAACUAAAGCAGAAAAGAAAAGUGUUGGAAUGGGGUGGAGUGUCUCAUAGUAUGGUUGAGAAACAGGCUUGGUCUAGAAACAAGAAGAAAGCCCAUAGAGGGCCCAACGGUGUCAUCCCAUGGAACACUCCACCCCAUGCGGCUGGAUUUUCCCCUCCUUUGCAUCAACACAGACUCUGUCUAUCUAACAUCCUCAUAUGCUGCCGGGUGAUGCCUCUUUUUGCCAAUAUUUCAGGAAGCUAUGAUUAGCAGCUGAGGAAAUGGAGAAAUGAGUCAUUCUCGUAUUGCAGAAGUUGAAAAGUGGGAGGAACUUUAGGAUAAAGAACUGUGGCGCCCAAAGAGGAAUAGAGGACAAAAUAGAUGCAAAUAUUAGACAGACAGAAAGUCACUUAAGAGUGUCUCAAGAUUAUUCAAUGCUUUGUUAUAAGACAGUAUGCUCAUCUUCUAAAACUGUGAUUCAGAAAUUUAAGGCACCGCUGUUGAAUGGAUCCACAGAUGGUUUUCAGAAGUUUGUGACCCUUGACCAUGGAAGCACAUUUUCUGAGUGCUUAUAUUUUUCUGAUGAGUGGGUUCAUAGCUUUUAUCAGAUUUUCAAAUGAGCUCAUGAUCUAAAAGGGAUUGUAAAAUACUAUUUUUAGCCAUCAACAUACACACAUAAUCUGACCCCAGGAAAUCAGGUGAUCCAGAGUCAGACUCUCAUAACACCAUAUAAGGAAAAAAUAAUACAUCUGAAGAUUCCGUAUGUACUAUAAUGUACCUGUUCGUCUGUCAGAUGUCAGAGAGUUACUUCGAGGGUGAAAUCUGUUUAGCACUGAAGACAUAUGGUGGAAUUUCUAAAUUUCGAAUGACUGGGGAUCAACAGACUUCGGCUUGGUGGAAUCCUUAGUUUGCCUAACUAAGCCAGUCACAAAGUAAUGAUAUAAUUUGUCUCCCCAGCUGUCAUUUUAUAGCAUUAUGCUAUUUUUCUGAUUGGUUUCAAAAGAAGGUCUUCUCAGUCUCUGUGCUAAGACAGGAAUCAUCAGAAUCCCUUUUUCCCUGUCUGGCGCAAAUGACUGCAUGACAAGGUAGAGAUGGGUGCAUGGCUUCGGCCUGGGGUACAUGUGUGUCUAUCAACUAAAUCUAAUUAUUACUGGGGAAAAGAGAACAGCCUAGUCCUGUGGCCUCCAAGUAUUUCUGUCUCACCUAGUAGAAAAGACAGAACAUACUCCUAUAUUAUAUAUCUACUUAUCAAUUACAUAGCUUUUAUCAAUAGCUAGUAUUUCAAAACACAACAUAUAUAUGAGACUAGGUUCAUUGUUAAGCAUAAUAAAUGUAAAUCCCUCAUUUAUUCUUUAUUAAACAUACCUUUAACUAAUCUGUACUGAAAGCCUUUUGAGUGCCGGGUGUUCUAAUCACUAAGGACCCAGUGAAGGAAACGAAAUCACAUGCUCAUGGAACGUACAGCCUGGUAGAGGAAGACAGACCCCGAGUAAAACAAAUAAAUAAACUGUACAGUUGUGUUCCAUGUCAGUGACUGUGGUGGAGAAAAUCAAAACAAGAAAGAGCAUCCGGGUGGGUUAGAGGGGAGAACUGCACUUUUAAAUAAAAUAGCCCCAGAGGAAGGGCUUGAAGAUCUAAAGAUGAGGGAACUAACUCCGUAACUCUUUGUAACUAUUUGACAUACAGAUUCAAGGAGCCCAUGUCUGUGUGUAUUCUAUUAAAUAAUAGUCAAGCAUAAUUUCCUUAUUUAGAUAGCCAAUAUACAAAACAUUCUGAUGUCUUCUUCUUGUUCCCUGAGCAAUCACUUCGGGAAUUCCCCUUGGAAGAUCACUUAUUUAGUCUACACUUAACAAGAGCAACUGCUUUAAACACAAUUCUCAGACCUCAGCCAUAUUAUUACAGUUGACUUUUGGGGUCUAGCCGGAAUUAUAAAGUUUGGGUGGCUGUUUUGACAGCCAUGGAGCCCUGUUGUCAAUUAACUGUUCAAUUCAAUCUUGAUUUGGUUCCCUGGGUGGUUUUACAUCAUAUGGUUUAUUUAGCUGUGAGCAAUUCUCUUAAACGUCCAAAGUCAUUUUGUGUUGCUUUAUUGCAGGUGAAGAGGGAGGAUAUAUGCACAAAAAGCAGUAUCUGAACAGCUGGUAGUUAGUUACUCACAGGAAGUGGUAACUUGACAGCUUUCCUUUCCUUUCUGUUGAGUUACAUUCACGUAGCAUGAGCAUUUCCCUUUUUACCAAGAAGAAAGAUUUAUUCAGCCUGGUGACGCUUCAGAAGAAAACAGUUUAACGACACUGAUAUUUUAAAAUAUUUUGUGACUCAAAUUACAGCAAUACGAUGAGCUUUCGAGGAAAGGUUUUUAAACGGGAGCCCAGUGAAUUUUGGAAGAAGAGACGAACAGUGAGGAGAGUAAACCAAGAAGAAAUUCACAGAUUUAGUUCUCAAGAAAAGCCUAGGCUUCUCGAGCCUUUGGAUUAUGAGACUGUCAUUGAAGAACUUGAAAAGACCUACCGGAAUGAUCCUCUUCAAGAUCUCCUGUUCUUCCCCAGUGAUGACUUUUCAGCAGCCACAGUUUCCUGGGAUAUCCGCACGUUGUACUCAACAGUACCUGAAGAUGCAGAGCACAAGGCAGAAAAUUUACUGGUGAAGGAGGCUUGUAAAUUUUACAGUUCCCAGUGGCAUGUGGUAAACUACAAAUAUGAACAAUACUCUGGAGACAUUCGACAGCUACCCCGAGCAGAAUACAAACCAGAGAAGCUUCCUUCACAUUCCUUUGAGAUUGACCAUGAAGAUGCUGAUAAGGAUGAAGAUACCACUUCCCACUCGUCUUCCAAGGGGGGUGGAGGAGCAGGAGGAACUGGCGUUUUCAAGUCCGGCUGGCUCUACAAGGGGAAUUUUAACAGCACCGUGAACAACACCGUUACUGUUCGGUCAUUCAAAAAGCGCUACUUCCAGCUGACUCAGUUGCCAGAUAAUUCCUACAUUAUGAAUUUUUACAAAGAUGAGAAAAUAUCCAAAGAACCCAAAGGAUGCAUCUUUUUGGAUUCCUGUACAGGAGUGGUGCAGAAUAACAGACUAAGAAAAUAUGCCUUUGAAUUGAAAAUGAAUGACCUGACCUAUUUUGUGCUGGCAGCUGAAACAGAGUCAGAUAUGGAUGAAUGGAUCCACACCCUCAACCGCAUUCUGCAAAUCAGUCCUGAGGGGCCCCACCAAGGGAGGAGGAGCACAGAGCUCACUGAUCUGGGGCUGGAUUCACUGGAUAAUUCUGUAACUUGCGAAUGCACACCAGAGGAAACAGAUUCUUUAGAGAACAACCUACACCCAGACUUUGCAAAGUACCUCACAGAAACAGAAGAUACUGUAAGAACAACUCGAAACAUGGAGAGGCUAAAUUUGUUCUCUCUAGAUCCAGACAUAGAUACCUUGAAACUUCAAAAAAAAGAUCUCUUGGAACCUGAGUCUGUGAUCAAACCAUUUGAAGAAAAAGCUGCCAAGAGAAUCAUGAUCAUCUGUAAAACUCUCAACUUAAAUCUUCAGGGAUGUGUUACGGAGAAUGAAAAUGAUCCGAUAACGAAUAUUGAGCCUUUUUUUGUGAGUGUGGCACUUUAUGACCUCAGAGACGGCAGGAAGAUUUCUGCUGAUUUUCACGUGGAUCUAAACCAUGCUGCUGUCAGACAGAUGCUCUUGGGGGCUUCUGUGGCUUUGGAAAAUGGCAACAUCGACACCAUCACGCCAAGACAAUCAGAAGAACCUCACAUCAAGGGACUUCCGGAGGAAUGGCUAAAAUUUCCAAAGCAGGCUGUAUUUUCUGUAAGCAAUCCACAUUCUGAAAUUGUUCUGGUGGCCAAAAUCGAAAAAGUCUUGAUGGGAAACAUUGCAAGUGGUGCCGAACCUUAUGUUAAGAACCCAGACUCCAACAAGUAUGCACAAAAGAUACUAAAAUCCAACAGACAGUUCUGUGGCAAAUUGGGAAAAUACCGUAUGCCUUUCGCCUGGGCAGUAAGAUCAGUAUUUAAGGACAACCAGGGAAAUGUGGACAGAGACUCAAGAUUUUCACCAUUGUUUAGACAAGAAAGUAGCAAGAUUUCAACCGAGGACCUGAUUAAACUAGUAUCAGAUUAUAGAAGGGCCGACAGAAUAAGCAAAAUGCAGACCAUUCCUGGAAGCCUGGAUAUUGCUGUUGACAACGUUCCCUUGGAGCAUCCAAAUUGUGUAACAUCGUCCUUUAUCCCUGUCAAGCCUUUCAACAUGAUGGCUCAAACAGAACCCACAGUGGAGGUGGAAGAAUUUGUUUACGACUCAACAAAGUAUUGUCGGCCUUAUAGAGUAUAUAAAAAUCAAAUUUAUAUUUACCCCAGACACCUCAAGUAUGAUAGUCAGAAAUGCUUCAACAAGGCACGAAAUAUAACUGUGUGCAUUGAAUUCAAAAAUUCUGAUGAAGAAAGUGCCAAGCCCCUGAAGUGUAUUUAUGGAAAACCUGGAGGGACCAUCUUCACCUCAGCCGCCUACACAGCAGUUCUGCACCACUCUCAGAAUCCAGAUUUCUCAGAUGAGGUGAAAAUUGAGCUACCAACACAACUCCAUGAGAAACACCAUAUUUUGUUUUCUUUUUAUCACGUCACCUGUGACAUCAAUGCAAAAGCUAAUGCCAAAAAGAAGGAGGCUCUGGAAACAUCAGUUGGAUAUGCUUGGCUUCCUCUGAUGAAACAUGAUCAGAUAGCUUCUCAAGAAUACAACAUCCCAAUAGCAACAAGUCUGCCUCCUAAUUAUUUAAGCUUUCAAGAUUCUGCAAGCGGAAAGCAUAGUGGGAGUGACAUCAAAUGGGUUGAUGGUGGCAAACCACUUUUCAAAGUAUCGACAUUUGUUUUAUCAACAGUAAAUACUCAGGAUCCACAUGUGAAUGCAUUUUUCCAAGAGUGCCAAAAAAGAGAGAAAGAUAUGUCUCAGUCACCUACCUCAAAUUUCGUCCGCUCUUGUAAGAACUUAUUGAAUGUGGAAAAGAUUCACGCAAUCAUGAGUUUUCUGCCUAUAAUUUUGAAUCAGCUCUUCAAAGUUCUGGUACAGAAUGAGGAAGAUGAAAUAACUACAACUGUCACCAGGGUUCUGACCGACAUUGUGGCCAAGUGCCAUGACGAACAGCUGGAUCAUUCUGUCCAGUCAUAUAUUAAGUUCGUGUUCAAGACCAGGACAUGCAAGGAGAGGACUGUACAUGAGGAACUGGCUAAAAACGUGACUGGUCUUUUGAAAUCAAAUGACUCAACAACAGUAAAGCAUGUCCUAAAGCAUUCCUGGUUCUUCUUUGCAAUUAUCCUAAAAUCGAUGGCACAGCACUUGAUUGAAACAAAUAAAAUCCAGCUUCCCCGGCCUCAGAGAUUUCCUGAAUCUUAUCAAAAUGAAUUGGACAAUCUUGUCAUGGUCCUAUCCGACCAUGUGAUUUGGAAAUACAAGGAUGCACUUGAAGAAACGAGAAGGGCAAACCACAGCGUUGCCAGAUUUCUCAAGCGUUGCUUUACGUUUAUGGACCGAGGAUAUGUGUUUAAGAUGGUCAACAAUUACAUCAGCAUGUUCUCCUCCGGUGACCUCAAGACCUUGUGUCAGUAUAAAUUUGAUUUUCUUCAAGAAGUAUGUCAACAUGAACACUUUAUUCCUUUGUGUCUGCCCAUAAGAUCAGCAAACAUUCCAGAUCCUUUGACACCUUCAGAAUCAACUCAAGAGUUACAUGCAUCAGAUAUGCCUGAAUAUUCAGUCACAAAUGAAUUUUGUCGCAAACACUUCUUAAUCGGAAUUCUGCUCCGAGAAGUUGGCUUUGCCCUGCAGGAAGACCAAGAUGUCAGACACUUAGCUUUAGCUGUCCUAAAAAAUCUAAUGGCUAAGCAUUCGUUUGAUGAUCGAUACAGAGAGCCAAGAAAGCAGGCCCAGAUAGCAAGUUUAUACAUGCCCCUGUACGGCAUGCUUCUGGACAAUAUGCCAAGGAUUUAUCUGAAGGACCUGUAUCCUUUUACUGUCAACACAUCUAAUCAGGGGUCUAGAGAUGAUCUAAGCACCAACGGCGGAUUUCAAAGCCAGACAGCUAUGAAACAUGCAAACUCUGUGGAUACAUCAUUUUCUAAAGAUGUUUUAAAUUCCAUAGCAGCAUUUUCAUCAAUAGCUAUUUCUACAGUAAACCAUGCUGACUCCAGAGCAUCUUUAGCAAGUCUUGACUCCAAUCCAAGUACCAAUGAGAAGAGCAGUGAGAAGACGGACAACUGUGAAAAGAUCCCAAGACCCUUGUCUUUGAUUGGCUCAACUCUUCGAUUUGACAAGUUAGAUCAAGCAGAAACCAGGAGUCUCCUGAUGUGUUUUCUUCACAUUAUGAAAACGAUUUCGUACGAGACUCUGAUUGCCUACUGGCAGAGAGCUCCCAGUCCAGAGGUGUCCGACUUCUUCAGCAUCUUGGACGUUUGUCUUCAAAAUUUCAGAUACCUAGGAAAACGCAACAUAAUAAGAAAAAUUGCUGCUGCAUUUAAAUUUGUGCAGUCCACCCAGAACAAUGGAACUCUCAAAGGAUCCAAUCCUUCCUGCCAGACAUCAGGUCUCUUGUCACAAUGGAUGCACUCCACUUCCAGUCAUGAAGGCCAUAAGCAGCACAGAUCACAAACUUUACCUAUAAUUCGAGGCAAAAAUGCACUUUCUAACCCCAAACUCUUACAGAUGUUAGACAAUACCAUGACCAGCAACUCCAACGAAAUAGACAUUGUGCAUCACGUAGACACAGAGGCCAAUAUUGCUACGGAGGUGUGCCUCACUAUUCUAGACCUGUUAUCGCUCUUCACUCAGACUCACCAGAGACAACUCCAACAAUGUGACUGUCAAAAUUCAUUGAUGAAAAGGGUCUUUGAUACCUACAUGCUCUUUUUCCAAGUCAAUCAGUCAGCCACAGCACUGAAGCAUGUGUUUGCCUCCUUGAGACUGUUUGUAUGCAAGUUUCCUUCAGCGUUCUUUCAAGGGCCUGCUGACCUCUGUGGAUCAUUCUGUUAUGAAGUCCUAAAAUGCUGUAACCACAGGUCACGGUCAACUCAGACAGAAGCCUCAGCCCUUCUGUACUUUUUCAUGAGGAAGAAUUUUGAAUUUAACAAGCAGAAGUCAAUUGUCCGGUCCCACUUACAACUCAUCAAAGCUGUGAGCCAGUUAAUAGCUGACGCUGGGAUCGGAGGCUCUCGGUUUCAACAUUCGCUUGCAAUUACCAAUAAUUUCGCCAAUGGAGACAAGCAAAUGAAAAACAGCAAUUUCCCAGCAGAGGUGAAAGACCUGACUAAGCGUAUAAGGACUGUUUUGAUGGCCACAGCUCAGAUGAAGGAGCAUGAGAAGGAUCCUGAGAUGCUGGUGGAUCUCCAGUACAGCCUGGCAAACUCCUAUGCAAGCACUCCCGAACUACGGAGGACCUGGCUGGAAAGUAUGGCCAAGAUUCAUGCCAGAAACGGAGAUUUAUCUGAGGCUGCCAUGUGUUACAUCCAUAUUGCUGCUCUCAUUGCAGAAUAUCUGAAAAGAAAGGGUUACUGGAAAGUGGAAAAGAUUUGCACAGCAUCCCUGCUCUCGGAGGAUACCCACCCCUGUGAUAGCAACUCAUUACUAACAACUCCCAGUGGAGGAAGCAUGUUCUCUAUGGGAUGGCCAGCUUUUUUGAGCAUUACGCCAAAUAUUAAGGAAGAAGGAGCAAUGAAAGAGGAUUCCGGAAUGCAAGAUACACCCUACAAUGAGAAUAUCCUGGUGGAGCAGCUAUACAUGUGUGUGGAGUUUCUCUGGAAGUCUGAGCGAUACGAACUCAUUGCUGAUGUCAACAAGCCCAUCAUUGCUGUCUUUGAGAAACAACGAGACUUCAAAAAAUUGUCAGAUCUCUACUAUGACAUUCAUCGGUCAUACCUGAAAGUGGCAGAGGUGGUGAAUUCAGAGAAGCGGCUGUUUGGUCGCUACUAUCGUGUGGCAUUUUAUGGGCAGGGCUUUUUUGAAGAAGAAGAAGGUAAAGAGUAUAUUUAUAAAGAGCCUAAGCUGACAGGUCUGUCCGAGAUUUCCCAAAGACUCCUCAAGCUCUAUGCAGAUAAAUUUGGAGCAGACAAUGUGAAGAUAAUCCAGGAUUCCAACAAGGUAAACCCCAAGGAUUUGGACCCCAAAUAUGCCUACAUCCAGGUGACCUAUGUCACGCCAUUCUUUGAGGAAAAGGAAGUUGAAGACCGGAAGACAGAUUUCGAAAUGCACCACAACAUCAACCGCUUUGUCUUCGAGACGCCCUUCACGCUGUCGGGCAAGAAGCACGGUGGAGUGGCGGAGCAGUGCAAGCGACGGACGAUCCUGACAACGAGUCACCUGUUCCCCUACGUGAAGAAGAGAAUACAAGUCGUUAGCCAAUCGAGCACAGAACUGAAUCCAAUUGAAGUGGCAAUUGACGAGAUGUCCAAGAAGGUUUCUGAGCUUAAUCAACUUUGCACAAUGGAAGAAGUGGACAUGAUCAGACUGCAGCUCAAACUGCAAGGAAGUGUCAGCGUGAAGGUUAAUGCCGGGCCAAUGGCCUAUGCACGAGCUUUUCUUGAAGAAACCAAUGCAAAGAAGUACCCUGACAACCAAGUAAAGCUUUUGAAGGAGAUCUUCAGGCAAUUUGCAGAUGCAUGUGGGCAGGCCCUUGACGUGAAUGAGCGCCUCAUCAAAGAGGACCAGCUGGAGUACCAGGAAGAACUGAGGUCCCACUACAAGGACAUGCUCAGCGAACUCUCCACUAUCAUGAAUGAGCAGCUCUGUCGAGGUCCCUGUUUAUACAGCUUCUGUUCCUCUGUGUCUAGUAUUUCCCUCAGUACUGUAAGCAAAAGUGAUUACGGGCAGGGACGACCCGUCAAAGCACGGAGUGGACCAAACCUGCACUCGAGUAAUUAGCAAAGCAACUCCGGCCCUACCCACAGUCUCCAUCUCAUCUAGUGCUGAAGUCUGAGGGCUCUGCAGCAUCAGACCCGCCUCUAAGAGAACUUUCUGAAUUUGCAGCUAAUCUCGGGGAAGAUAGGUUUAAUUUAUUUGAAGUUUUCAUGGUGUUAAUAUUUUUGUUUACCUCGCUAAGCUUCAGAAUUUUGCCAAUCUCUGAAUUUGCACAUUUUGUAUACUUUUUUUUUUCUUUGAGCAGUGUUGAUCAAGCCAAGGUGAGUAUUUGCCAUGAAAUUCCAGUGAAUGUGUAGCUCAAAUGCAAACCCUAAGUUUGCUGUCAGUUAUUGUAUGGUCAGUACCCCAGUCCUAGUACACAUAUUUUAAAGGUUAAAGUGAAUGUUUUUGUAACAUUUAAGCAUAUUUCAGAUGUAAAUAAAAGAUUGUAAAAUAUACGGUUUUUACCAAAUUUAAAAGAUCCUUUUUAGUUAAUACUAUGACAGUACUAAAAAUAUAUGAAUAACAUUUCAGAUACCAUUAUAUUAAAAUAUUUGUGUAUGUGUACAGAAGUGUUGAUAAAUACUAAUCUUUAAAGUUUGUGGAGUUUCUUUAUUUGUAAUAUAUGUGCUCUUAAAAGCAAUGGGAUGUGAAAUUAUGAAAGUAUUUUAUUGUUCAUAGAAAUAAAAAAUACGGUUACUUUGCA